AAAUCGGAUCAGAAUGACAGGAAACCCCGAAUCGGGUUAUAUCCGGAACCGCAAUUGCUGCUGACCGAGUGAAACUCGUUCAACUCAGUUCUCAAGCUCGAUCGGUCUUCAUCUCCGCAGAGAGAGAGAGAGAGAGAGAGAGAGAGAGAAGAUUGCGGAAUGGAUGGUAACAAAGAGGCAAAGAUCGGUCGGCGGGGCAGAGCGGCGGUAGUUGUUCUCGGCGAUAUCGGCCGCAGCCCCCGAAUGCAAUAUCAUGCCCUUUCUCUUGCCCUUCAGGCAGGGUUUGAGGUGGAUAUUGUUGCAUAUGGAGGUUCUGACCCCCACUCAGCUGUAUUAGAGAACCAAUCUAUUCAUAUUCAUAAAAUGACACAGUGGCCCACAAUCCCACGGAGUUUACCAAAGAUUCUUCGUCCUCUGAUGCUUUUGCUCAAGCCAUUGAUACAGUUUCUUAUGCUUCUCUGGUUUCUUUGUGUUAAAAUUCCCGCUCCUGAUGUUUUUAUAGUGCAGAAUCCACCAUCUGUUCCAACUUUAGUGGCUGUAAAAUGGGCAAGCUGGCUUAGGCAUGCUGUAUUUAUCAUCGAUUGGCAUAAUUUUGGAUAUACUUUACUUGCAUUGUCUCUUGGAAGAAGUAGUCUUUUUGUGGCACUGUACCGUUGGUUUGAAAAGCACUAUGGAAAGAUGGCAAAUGGUUCCUUAUGUGUGACAAGGGCAAUGCAACAUGAAUUGCAACAAAACUGGGGAAUCAAAGCAACAGUUCUCUAUGAUCAGCCUCCAGAGUUUUUUCGCCCUGCUUCCCUCGAGGAGAAACACGAGUUGUUUUGUAGGAUACACAGCCACCUUAAUCAGCCAUAUGGUUCACAAGAUUGCAUCAGUAAUGGAAUAAUAGCUGUGGGGAGCCUUGAUCUAAAUGAAACUCUAUUUACACACCGGGUUAGCAAUGACAUCAUCUUGAAACAAAACAGGCCAGCACUUAUUGUUAGCAGUACAAGCUGGACUCCAGAUGAAGACUUCAGCAUUCUUCUGGAAGCAGCAGUUAUGUAUGAUAGACGUGUUGCUGCAUUCUUAAAUGAAGAUGACUCCACCGGAGAUGAGUUUGUUUGGAAGGAAAUUUCUGAUGGGAAGCAGUUUGUGUACCCAAGGUUGUUAUUUAUCAUUACAGGUAAGGGGCCUGAAAAGGAAAAAUACGAAGAGAAAAUAAGGAAACUGCACCUCAAACGUGUAGCCUUUCGAACCAUGUGGUUAUCAGCUGAGGAUUACCCUUUACUUCUUGGGUCAGCUGACUUGGGCGUUUGCCUGCAUACCUCCUCAUCUGGCUUAGAUCUCCCAAUGAAGGUUGUUGAUAUGUUUGGCUGUGGACUGCCAGUUUGUGCUGUUUCAUACUCUUGCAUAGAGGAACUUGUAAAAGUUGAAAAAAAUGGGCUGCUUUUCUCAUCAUCUUCAGAGCUAGCUGAUGAACUCUUGAUGCUCUUCAAGGGUUUUCCCAACGAAUGUAAUGCUUUGAAAUCAUUGAGGAAUGGUGCGUUGGAGAUGGGGUCGUCUGCCCGGUGGGCAAUAGAGUGGGAAGAGAAUGCCAAGCCAUUAAUAUCUCGGGUGGUUUCUGGGAGCUCCAAAUGAUUUCUGUUCUUGGCCCAACUGGAUUCAAGCUCAGCAUGUUCAUCUUCUGGCUCAGUUUGGGCAAGCAAGCAUGUUCAUCCAUCCAUCCUCCAUUUCCAUGUUUUCAGAGGAAGAAACUGCAUUUUCUGAAUUGAACUUCUCUGAUGUCUUCUCUUUCCUAAAUCUUAGUUGGUGUGUGUGAAACUAAUUAUGAUAGUGAGGAAUGAGGACAAGAAGAUGCCUAAGGAGACAGUGACAAUUGUAGAAGGGCAGCUUCAAUUUUGUAUAUUUAGUAUUCUCCUUUGUACGGCCACUUGCCUCCACAGCUGUGAGCAAGACACUAAUCAAUGGGAACCUCGACCAGGCCUAAAAGCCAAGAGAGGUUGUUCACAA